AUGGGAGACCUGGACGACCACACGCCUGAGGAGAUCUACUGCGACAGCCAAGUGUUCGACAUUGAUUUCCACCCAUUGGCGGACAUUGUCGCUGUUGGGUGUAUCGAUGGCAUUGUGCAAGUUUACAAGUACUCGGAGGAGGCCAAUACAAAGGUUCUGGAAAUCAAGAACCACCAAGAAGCUGUUCGGGCGCUGCUCUUUUCUCCUGAUGGACAGACUCUAUACACGGCGUCUGCAGACAAGUCCAUUCGGGCGUUUGACACGCUUGGGAACCCGACGUGGGCGGAGAUGCGAGCGCACAAUCAUCCAGUGAACCGUCUGCACGAGCUGUCGGUCAAUGUGUUUGCAAGCGGCGAUGACCAAGGUUGCAUCAAGAUUUGGGAUACUCGGCAGCAUCGCUGUCUGUCCGAGUUCAAAGAACACACGGACUAUAUAUCUGGGUUUGCGACAAACCCGGCGCAAGACCAUUUGGUGGCGACAAGUGGCGACGGACGUUUGUCGGCCUACGACAUGCGCAAAAAUGUCCUUGCAGGCAAAAGCGACGAGCUGGACGACGAACUGCUAUCGGUUGCAGUAAUUAAAAACGGUCGAAAAAUCGUGUGCGGCGCGCAGGAUGGUGUGCUCGUGAUUUUCAGCUGGGGUACUUGGGGAGAUAUGUCCGACCGCUUUCCGGGUCAUCCGGAUUCGGUUGAGGCCCUACUUAAAGUGGAUGAAGAUACUGUGCUUACGGGAUCAAGUGACGGUAUCAUUCGGGUGGUACAGCUUCACCCAAACAAACUGUUGGGACUCAUCGGCGAUCACGAAGACUUCCCAGUGGAAGGCUUGAACUUUUCACAUGACAAGAAGAUCAUUGGUAGCGUCUCACACACCAACAAGGUGCAUUUCUGGGAUGUCGGGUACCUUUUUGAGGAAGACGAUGAUGACGAGGAUGAAGUCGUUGACGAAAGCGAGGACAAGGCAUCCGCCAAAAUGUCGAUUGAUACUGAAAUGCGGGAUGCUGAUAGUGAUCGCGACAGUGAUAGUUCCGACGCGGGGAAUGCGGCUAAAGGCCGUCGGGCAUUUCCUACGGCCAACGAGCAGUUCUUUUCGGACUUGUAG